CUUUUGACUAGUAUAACCUAUUUUUCUGCCAACAGAUAAGAUAACACUUUCAAAGACUACGACCGAUAAAACUAGGUAACACCCAUAAAGAGCACCAAUCAAAUUUGUACAAAUAUUGUAUCAAAAAUAAUUAAUGGAAAACAAAAUCAAAUACGCAAGAGUAAGAUAAGAGAAAAAAAUAAAAGUCAACAUUAACAAUAAUAAUAAUAAUCACUUGACUAUCUAAAAUCAAAGCACUCUGUUUUGAUUUGUGUUACAAUAAAGAUUUAAGCUUUGAGAGAAAACAGAGCAAAAUAUUAAACAAAUAAUAAUGAACAUAUCACAGUGGUCUGACCUUCCCAAAGAACUCUUGGAGAUAAUAGAUAAUUAUCUCAACACCAAAACAGACCAUAACAGAUUCAGAUCAGUUUGCAAAUCAUGGAGAUCCUCUCUUCUUCCGUACCAAAACACAGUCGUUUUACCACCCAAAGUUCCAUACUUGGGACCACCCCAUCUCAGAAAAACCUCUCUUCUUCUAACCCAUUUCACAGUCUACCAUCUUUCUCCACCACAGAUCAAAUCCAUGGCUUCUUCUUUAUUAUGGGGUUGGAUAAUAAAGGUCAUGGAAAAUCAACAACUGGGUCAUCAUCAUCUUAUUAAUCCUCUCUCCCCAAUCAAAGUUCAACCUUUGCCUGACUCGUUCCCCAACUCACUCAACUCAUUACAAUUCCGAGUCACUGAGUUGACCAAGUCAUACUCUUUACAAUGCUCUAAUCUCAACUACAAAGUGGUUUUGGACCCAAAUCAUGAUUGCCCAUCUAUCAUGAUUGUAGCAACUGGGGUUUUAUGGCACUUGAAAUUAGGACAAGAUAGGUGGACAGCCAUAGAUGACUCGGUCUCUCAACUCUCUUAUGAAGAUGUUAUUUUCUAUAAAGGAAAGUUCUUUGCUGUUGAUGAGUUUGGAAGAACUGUAGUGAUUGAUUCAGCUUUGAAAAUCACUGAGAUUGCUUCUAAGAUUUCAUGUGGUAAUAAUGGUGAUAGGAAGAGUUUGGUUGAGUUGAAUGGUGAGUUGAUUUUGGUUGAUAGAACAAGUGUUGUUGGGUUUGAAAAAUUCAAGCUUUACUUUCUCAAUCAAGAUCAGAAAAGAUGGAUUGAGUUUUAUAGCUUAGGUGAUCAAAUAUUGUUCUUGGGUGAAGAUUGUUCAUACAUUAUAUCUGCUAAGUGUUUUGGUGGGUGUAGAGGAAAUUGCAUAAUCUAUAGUGAUCCACAGUUCAAAGUUUACAACUUGGAUGACAGGAGUUUAGUACCGGUGAAUCAACACCCGGAAUACACUAACAUCUUCAGCCCGCCUGACCGUCCUCCUCCACCGCCACCACGCCGAACAAGGCGAAGCUCAAUUGUGAGUUGCCUUAGGCCUUUGUUAUGAUCAAUGUAUAAUUCUAUCUUUCUUAUGUUGUUUUGAAUUUCUUUGUUACAUAUUCAUUAAGCUAAUUAGGACUUUUGUUUCUUUUUUUUUCGAACUAUGACAUGUACUAAAUCGUGUAAUAAAUCGUGCUUGUAAGUUGUAUUAAUCUUCCAAAUGGAUUAUGGUUGGACUAAUCCAAUGUAUUGGAGGAUUCCUUUCUUACUAUGUUUAGAUUUGAUGUGUUCACUAGUUAUGGAAAAAGAUUUUUGUGGUAAA